GCCGCCGACGCCGGUGCCGAGGUCAGCGAGUACGACACUCCCUACCCUGCCGCUACCGCUGCAGCAGCUGCACGGCACCCCGGGAGGCGAAGGGCAGCAGCAGUAGAAGCGGUGGAGGAGGAUGCGGGGGACGAGGAGGAGGAGGAGGAUGAACAGCAGCAGGUAGCAAGCGAGGAGGCAGGGGCGGAGGAGGAGGAGGAGCCGGAUGAUGAUGAUGAUUCAGAGGAGGAAGAGGAGGAGGGUGUCAGGGACCUGGACAGCUACGUGGUGCGACCCCCCGGCGAAGUGUUGCCCCCGGGCAGUCGGCUGGAGCGGCUGUAUGCGGCACUGGACACCAACAGGGACCUGCAGCGCCACCUCUCCACCAUGCUCCAGCGGCUGGACGCCCACUCCAACACCUCGUACCUGCUGGAGAGGCGCGUGCGGGACCUGCCGCUGCUGGCAAAGUCGGGCACUGCGGAGGCGCGCGCGCUGGCCGCCGCACGCACCGCAGCUGCGGCCGCCGCUGCAGCCGGCGCCGCCCCCUCCUCUCACCAACCCCCGCAGCCCCACCAACCCCAACCCGCCACCGCCCCGCAGCCCCACCAACCCCACCACCCGCUGCCCCAGCCCCCCCUCACCAGUCGUUACUGGAAGGUGUGCGGGCAGGUGCCGCCGCCCACCCUGGAGUGGCGGCUGCUGGCGGCAGCACAGCAGCUGCCGCCGCGGCCGUACGACAAGGUGCGCUGGCCUCGAAGAACCGUCGACGCAUUGAACAAGGGCCUUACGUUGGAGGUGCAGAGCAUCCUGACCAAGCAGCUCAUGCAGCGGUUGCAGCAGGAGCAGCAGCAACAGCGGCAGGGGCAGGGGCAGCAGGGGCUUGGGAGGGUUGGAGUGACAGGAG